UGCUAAGAAGUCACUGGUGUGUGGCGUGGUGGCUGAAGGGAGGACGGGAGCUUGUCGGGUCCCAUCACAUUGGACAGUAUGCACCUUAAGAUCCUGAAGAAACGACACAAAAUGUUCCAGUAAUGCUUGGAAGUGAUCUGUGAGGCGCCUGGGGAACCAUGCCGUCAUCAGGACACCGUCUCCGCGAUGUCGAGCACCACCCUCUCCUGGCUGAAAAUGACAACUGUGACUCCUCGUCAUCGUCGUCGUCCUCCUCCGAGGCGGAUGUGGCAGGCAGAGUGUGGUUCAUCCGCGACGGCUGCGGCAUGAUCUGCGCGGUCAUGACGUGGCUGCUGGUCGUCUACGCAGACUUCGUGGUGACGUUUGUCAUGCUGCUGCCUUCCAAAGACUUCUGGUACUCUGUGGUCAACGGAGUCAUCUUCAACAGCCUAGCGGUGCUCGCCCUGUCGUCCCACCUGAGAACCAUGCUCACCGACCCCGGGGCCGUGCCCAAAGGAAACGCCACGAAAGAGUACAUGGAGAGCCUCCAGCUCAAGCCCGGAGAGGUCAUCUACAAGUGCCCCAAGUGCUGCUGCGUCAAGCCCGAGCGCGCCCAUCACUGCAGUAUUUGCAAACGAUGUAUUCGGAAAAUGGAUCAUCAUUGCCCAUGGGUGAACAACUGUGUGGGAGAGAAGAACCAGAGAUUUUUUGUGCUCUUCACUAUGUACAUCGCGCUGUCCUCCGUCCACGCGCUCGUCCUCUGUGCGCUCCAGUUCAUCUCCUGCGUCCGAGGGCAGUGGACUGAGUGCAGUGACUUCUCACCGCCCAUCACCGUGAUCCUGCUGAUUUUCCUGUGCCUUGAGGGGCUUCUGUUCUUCACGUUCACGGCAGUCAUGUUUGGCACGCAGAUCCACUCCAUCUGCAACGAUGAGACGGAAAUUGAGAGACUCAAGAGUGAGAAGCCGACGUGGGAGCGGAGGCUUCGCUGGGAAGGGAUGAAGUCUGUCUUUGGAGGACCCCCCUCACUCCUCUGGAUGAACCCCUUUGUCGGCUUCCGGUUUAGGCGACUACCGUCGAGACCCAGAAGAGGCCCAGAGUUCUCCAUUUGAGGCCCCUCAUUGCUGGAACCUGUGAAUGAACUUGUGUUAUUUAUUGGGGUCUAAAAGGGCGCCCACAGCUCUUCUGUGACCUCAGGGCAACGGGACCUGCACCCCACAGCAGCUUGCCAGGCCGAGCACCCCGCACCUGCAGCCAGCGUGCAGGCUUCCCAGACUAGCGGCUGGCUGCUGCGCUCCCGGGCUUCCCCGCCGCGCAGGGAGUUGUGGCCACCGGAGAAGUCGUCGUCCAUUGGGCCUUUUGGUAGGACACUGCAUUUUUUAAUGAGUUGUGUGGAAUGUUACAGGGUUAUUAAAAUCCUGUGUACUGAGCUGCUUUUUCAAUCAUGAAGAAAAGUCACCCGGUGAGAGAGAAUCUUCCCUAGUGGGCUCAGGGCCUCCUGCUGACCUGUGGUCGGUCACUUGUGCCCUCAGCCCGAGGGCCGUUUACAUAUGGCUCCCCUGGGUCUCAGCAGGUGCUGGCCCUCCGCACUGAGCGAGCAGAGACUUGUGCACUGAAGGGGAAGCGGCUCUCCGGCCGUGGCCGCGCGCCGGUGUGCGUGGGCGCACGUGUCCCAGUCGGCAGCGGUGGAGCGACGUGACAGUUCACGGCCGCGUGCAGCCAGCAAGCUGGUGUUUAGCGCCCAAUGUUUCAGGGAAGAGGGGAGAAUGGCCGUGGGUCCCCCAUGGGGUUUCCUAUGAAUGUAUUGCAUUUGGGAGGGUAUCUAGAUCCAAAGAACUGUCAUCCCUACGUGGUCCUCCGUUGCCCUCCUGUUUUACUUUUAUUUGCGAUUCCACGCGCACGGGAAGCUGGUACUUUGUUCCAGCCACGUAAACCCGGAGCCCUGCGCAGGGUGCGUGCAGGGGCAGCCGCCGCGGCUGGAUUGGUUUGGUGCCUGUCGCCCGCCCACGCACUGGCCCCAGGAGAGCCCCCGCGCGAGCUCACGUGAUGCCAGAGAGCAAACAGCUCCCCUUCCGGGGGCUCGCCUUAAACUCGCCUGGCUUGCCCGUGGCGCGGGAUGUCGAGGAGCGUCCAGCCACCCGCCUGUCCCGGGGACUGGUGCACUGGGCGACGCCUUUCUCGCCCCUGCGCGGGCCUGGUCUUGUUUUUAACUAGCCGUCCCCUUUCCUAAUCAGGGCUUCCUACCAUUGCUGAUGCAAACCAGACGGGCCUACGAGACCCUGCCUGGGACUGGGCUGGGACGGCUGCAGCGGGCCAGUCACGCGGGAAGGCGGCGCAGUCGGGCAUGUGGCAGCCAGGCGCCAGCCCCGGUGCCCAGGAAGUGGCUGCAUCUCCAGAGACACUUCUGCAUAUUCAUUUGCACAUCCAUUGUCUGGGGCAACGCUGGGGCUUCCAGGGGAGGCUUUUAAUCAUUACAGAAUGACGAAGUGGUUGAAUCCUGUGAGAUUGGCAAGUAUGUGCAGGCCAGGUGGACUGGACUUUCCAACCUCCUAUUUCAAUGUAACUUUUAUAUGAAAUAAAGUCACCAAUUGACAGUUGUCAGUUGAUUAAGUGACACUGUU